UCAAGAUCCGUUGUAAAUAAUACGGAGUAAAAGAACAAUGAAAUGAAAUUUCUGGAUAAGCUAAUGAGCUCAUCCAAGCAAUCUUCCAACACAACAUCUGACUUGGGAAGUUUUUUCAGUUCCAUCCACCAAGAACUUCACAGUAGCACUCGUACAAUAAUCCGCAACUGCUGAAUCAGACAGUGUUGGAGAAGAUGGAGGUGGCAAUGUCUUUGAACCCGCUAGUGAGACCGCCCCGAAGAAAUCCUGUGGAUGGCGUUGCUUAUUCUUCACCCCUCAGGCACUCGGUCUACUCCACAAGGACCGCUUCUACCUCCCGUAAAAGGCAUCAUGGUGGAAGGUUUUUGGUGGUUGAAGCUAAGGGAAAGAAAGGAAUGGCACCUCGCCAGUUCCAGCGUAUGGCUCCUCCCCCUCUGCCUAAGCUCGAGGAUGAUGGCAAUCCGAAAUUCGUCGUAUUUAUUCGCAUGGCCAAUAUUUACCUUUGGUACCCACUCACUGUUGUUACUGGUGGAACAAGUGCGAAAAUCAUAGUUUCUGCGAAGGACAACUUUCUGGGGAAGUACAUUUACAAGGAUACCCUAGCUAGGAAUCUGGCGGCUGUUAUUUACCGAGAUGAAAAGGAACUUCAAAAGCAGGCAAUGAAACAACAUCGUGUCUUGCGGUCUGCUACAGAGUUUAGAUAUGGAUUCAAACUUGUUGAGAAUAAUAAUUUGAGGGCUGCUCUUUCUACCUCAGAUAUCACCGAGCUUCCACGAAAAGAAGAGCUUAAAACUGUUGUUGAUAAGGUGAAAGACUUCUUUGGAGUCGCUAAGGAAUCGUUCGGGAAGCUUACAGCUCUUAAUUUAUCAUCUGAUUCAACCGAGGAAGAUUCUGAUAAUUCAAAAGAAAAGACUAUGUUGGAAGGGCAAAGAAAGAUCCCAUAGAGGGGAAUGACAUUGUUUAUACGAAGUUUAUCGUUUGGUCUCUACUAGUGAGUUGCACAUGAAUUCUCUUGAAAGCUUUGUUUAUACACUCCCCAUCGCAUGUGUUACAAAUCAUUGUAAUUAGUUUUUACUUUUCACAUUUUUUUACCUCUGUUCAAUGAGAAAUGCAACCGUAAUCAUGAAAUUGGUUUGAGUUGCAUAAAUAUUUCACCAUUCUUGAUGACCUAGUGAAAAAGGACUUGCAGUGAGCCAGUAAGUGAUAUUCUCC